AUGGCCAACGUCCCGGAAAAGUGCACUGUGCUGGUCAUUGGUGGCGGACCGGCGGGCUCCUACUCUGCCUCGGCCCUUGCUCGUGAGGGCAUUGACGUUGUCCUUCUUGAAGCGGACAAGUUUCCCAGAUAUCACAUUGGCGAGAGUAUGCUUCCCUCCAUGCGGCACUUUCUCAAGUUUAUCGACGCAUACGAGAAGUGGGAUGCCCAUGGCUUCAACAUCAAGAAAGGAGGUGCUUUCCGUCUCAACUGGUCUCGGCCAGAAACCUACACCGACUUCAUCGCAGCUGGUGGACCCGGUGGUUACGCCUGGAACGUGGUCCGUUCCGAAGCAGACGAGCUGCUGUUCAAGCACGCAGCUGAGUGCGGCGUCAAGACGUUCGACGAGACCAAAGUGGCCUCCAUUGAGUUUGCCCAAGCUGCCCCCGAUUCCCAGACCCCAGGCCGUCCUGUUUCUGCCACCUGGACUCGCAAAGAUGGAAGCUCUGGCACGAUUGCCGUCGACUACAUUGUGGAUGCUUCUGGCCGAGCAGGCUUGAUCAGCACCAAGUAUCUGAAGAACCGGUCGUAUAACCAGGGUCUGAAGAACGUUGCGAGCUGGGGCUACUGGACGAAUGGCGGCGUCCACGGUGUUGGAACACACAAGGAGGGCGCCCCAUAUUUUGAAGCUCUCAAAGACGGCAGCGGCUGGGUUUGGUUCAUCCCCCUCCACAAUGGCCGUCACUCUGUAGGAAUCGUGCAGAACCAGGAGAUGGCUACCAAGAAGAAGCGAGAGAUGGCCGAGCCCUCAUCCAAGGGAUUCUACAUCCAAUCUCUGGAUCUUGUGCCCGGCAUCAAGGAGCUUCUCGCCAAUGCUGAACUCGUGUCAGACAUCAAGUCGGCCUCUGACUGGUCCUACAGCGCCUCUCAGUACGCCUUUCCUGGUGUCCGCAUUGCCGGAGAUGCUGGAUCCUUUAUCGACCCUUUCUUCUCCUCAGGCGUUCACCUGGCCCUCUCAGGCGGUCUUUCGGCAGCCACCACCAUCUCGGCGGCUAUUCGAGGCGACUGCGAUGAAGAGGCUGCAGCUUCGUGGCACGACAAGAAGACGGCUGAGAGCUACACCCGCUUCCUCGUGGUGGUGUCAAGUGCACUGAAACAGAUUCGCUCUCAAGAUGAGCCCGUCAUCAGCGACUUUGACGAGAAGACUUUUGAGCGAGCAUUCGAUCUGUUCAGACCUAUCAUCCAAGGCCAAGUCGAUGCAGACGCCAGAGGAAAGCUGUCGCAAGCUGAAAUCUCCAAGACGGUAGAAUUCUGCUUCAAGGCUUUCGCCCACGUCUCGUUUGAGGAGAAGGAGGCCUUGGUGAAGAAGCUCAAGGACCUCGGCCUCGACGGCGAUGCUUACGACGAGAAGAACCGCAAGGCUCUCGAUGAGCUUGAGGCAAAGCUGACGCCUGAAGAGCAGUCAAUCUUGAAGACCCUCAAGGGACGCCGCAUGGUCCGACCUGAGGAUUCGCUCAACAUUGACAACUUUACCCUGGAUUCCAUUGAUGGUCUCGCACCUCGUCUAGAGCGCGGAAAGCUGGGGUUGGCCGCAGCUAAGAAGGCCAAGGUUGACUUUACACGCCAUGAUCCGCUUUCAUAUCUGAAUGGUGAAUCGAAGGCAGCAAAGAAGACGGUGCAAAACGGCCAUGAUGAGACCAAUGGCAAUGGAAGCAUCGCCGCCAAUGGAGACAAGCCUGUGAACGGAAACAGCACGGUUGAGGAGCGGCCCCUUUCAAACCUCGUGGCAGAACUUGCGGCUGCUGAACAGAGCCUCAAGCCAGCGUCUCUCGACGAAGCAAGCAGACACCGCUUGAUUUCGUCGCUGCAGGAGUCGGCAGAGGAGCUUGAGACCCCAUAUGACACCAUGCUGCGCUUUGUCAACUCUGGCCGACAGAUUGCUCUCAUCAAGAUCGGUGGUGAUCUCGGAAUCUUCAAGUCCCUCGCAGCAAGCAAGACGCCCCUGAGCUCAACCGAGCUGGCCAAGCCCACCAUGGCCGAUCCGUCGCUGGUCAGCCGCAUCAUGCGCUACCUGGUUGCCAACCGCCUUGUUGCGGAGGUCUCCCCAGACCAGUACGUUGCCAGAAAGGCUACACACUCCCUGGCCGACCCGCGUAUUGAGAGUCCCAUGCGCUUCUUCCACGCCGUCAGCAACCCUGCCUUCCAGGCUCUUCCUGACUUCCUCAAGGAGACGGGAUACCAGAAUCAGACGCAGACCUCUGCGCUUCAGAAGGGCCUUGACACAGAGCUGGGUCUCUUCCCCUGGCUGAAGCAGCACCCGGAUCUUCUGAAAGACUUCCAGAGCCUCAUGGGUAUCCCCAAAGAAGGCAACUGCCUCGAUGUGAUCCCGCUUGACUAUUCCGCGACUAGCGAUCAUCAGGGUCCCGUAUUCGUGGAUAUUGGUGGCAACACUGGUCAUCAAGCAAAGACCUUGCUGGCCAAGUAUCCUGAAUUGGCUGGUCGAGUGGUUGUCCAAGACCGUGAGGAGACAAUCAAGAGUGCGACGGACACCAAGGGAUUCCAACUGAUGGCGCAUGAUUUCUUCACUCCCCAGCCCGUGAAGGGGGCAAAGUACUACUAUCUGCGAGCCAUACUUCACAACUGGGAUGAUGACAAGGCUGCUCAGAUCCUGGCCAACAUUGUUCCGGCCAUGUCAGCCGACUCCAUGGUCUUGAUCGACGAGGUCGUCAUCGCAGACCAGGGGGCUCACGUCUGGCCUGCUGGGCUUGAUCUCCAGAUGUACACGCUCUUUGGGGCUUCUGAGCGCACAGCCUCGCAAUGGGAUGCUAUCCUCGAUAAGGCUGGCCUUCGUCCCGUGGCUGUCAAGAAGUACGCACCGGUCAUGGGUAGCUCCGUCAUCUUUGCCGCGCCAAAAGUGGUGAGUGACAACCUGAAUGGCAAGUAUGCUGUGGUGGACACUUUUGUGUCCGAGCCGACGACUGUGGCCUGCAAUUGA